AUGUGUUAUCCUUUAUUCCUUUAUUAUUACACGCCAUGAUCUCGUGAUAUUUUGAAUCGCAUAAAAUGCUAGAUGAUUUACACUUAUAUCGAUUGGUGUCACAUUUCCUCUUACAUGAACACUUUUUGUAUCCUUCACCACCGCUGUCUGAUAUUAGACUCGAAAUUUCCCUCAAUGAUUUUUCUACAUGUUUCACCUCAUUAAACGGUAUUAUAGAUAACAGAUAAACACUUAACUGAUUUCUGGUGUAUAACUAUAGCAAAAUAUCAUAUUUAUUGCCAAGUUUAUAACAUUGUCCAUCCUCAAUAGACACAAUUACAAAUAAAAUGUUUCUUGGGUCUGCUUGUCCUCUGUCGAAAUCCGGUAAAGAGACUCUCACACUGCCUGCAAUGUUAGUUGGGGGAAACUUAUGGAUAAACCUAAAUUUUAUUGUUUCAGUUUGGUUUAGUAAACAAAUUUUAGAAUUUUAACAACAGAUCGACGCGUGACGUCGUAUUUUUUAUAGUAUAUAAAAUUAUAACAAAAAAUGUCGUAUAAUUAAGAUAAAUUUUAAAUAUGCCCUAUAUAUUGAUAUAUUGCUCACUAUACCGGUAAGAUAACUGAUUAAUAACUCAGUUAUAACUGUUAUAAGUCAAGAUAAGAUAUUAUACUCUGGCAGUCCGAUGCUUUAUUAUUGUAUAUUUAGAGAUAAUAUUAAUUAAUUAACACUAUGAUUCACUAAUCACUUCAUAGCAACCAGUAUUCAUUAAUAAACACUAACACGUUUAAAAUGUGUUUGGUCUAAAAAAUAUUUUAAUAGUUGAUGUCGAGAGUUUAAUUAGAAUUACGAGAAUAAUAUUUUCUUCGGCAUCUAACGUGGUAAAUAUAAAAAUGGUUCCGAUAAAAUUCUGUCUUUCUCGACUAGGACAUUUGUUGACAAAAAAUCUAAGGGCGUACAUUAGUUAUAGGUGCAACCAUGGCGACCAGUGUAUAUACAUAGACAGAGUGCCAGAAACAGAUGGUUUUGACACGAAAUAAUGCAUUCAGAAUUCAGAUUGUCGCUAACAACGUUAUCAUCAAUAACUAACGAUUUUGAACUGCACUGUCCAAUGUCCAUAAUAUAUGGUCUCUGUGAGAUACAAUGACAUCUACUUCUGUGAGAAAUGAUCAAACCAUACUCGAAUUGGCUAUGUCUUCAAAAAAUGUUGCAUCCGACAUGGUACCGGUAGAGAGAACUUUAUUAGUAAUUGGAAGUAAAAAUGCGGGGAAAACUUCGUUAAUAUAUUCAUUUUUUGAUAAAAAUGAAAAACCAAAACCUACACUGGCCUUGGAAUAUUCUUUCGCAAGAAGAUCUGGAAAAAGUUUAACAAAGGAUAUUUGCCAUGUUUGGGAAUUGGGUGGUGGUUUAGUUUUCAAAGAUCUAUUAUCCGUGAUCGUACAGAAAACAAGAGGUCGACGUUUGAGCGUUGUGUUAGUAUUAGAUCUAUCGAAGCCGGAUGUUCUUUGGAACACCAUGGAAAUGCUUCUUGAAGAAGUCAAGGUACACCUAGGAAAUGUACUAGAUGUUGAAGAGUAUAAUCAGAUUAAUGUUAAAAAUAUUGAGGAUAAAAAGUUCAUGUCUCCACUACCCAUACCAGUAAUGAUCGUCGGAAGUAAAUACGAUGUUUAUCAAAAUUUCGAACCUGCUAAAAAACGUGUGUUGUGCCAGUGUUUACGAUAUGUGGCUCACACUUACGGAGCUUCAUUGAUUUUCUAUGGUGUGAACGACACAGUUCUUGUGAAGGUAUCUAAAGAAAUGAUGUCACAUUACGGGUUUGGAACUCCUUAUCCAAAGAACCAUAUUUAUGAUUCAAAUAAAGCACUAUUAGUGCCUGCAGGUACUGAUUGUUUUGAAAAAAUAGACAAUCUCAAUGAAGCUGGGAGCAUUAGAUCGAUGCAUAAGUAUAAGAACACAUUUGUUUCAGCUUUUAAACAGAUUUCAAUAGAAUCUGGCACACACGCACUGAAUACAGACAAUGCAGAUCCACUGAAUGACACUAAUUACGCCGAUCCUUUGAUAGACGAAACGUUGAAAAAAAAACAAGAGGAGCUAAAGCUGUUUGUGGACAAUUACGAAAAGUUUUUAAACACAGAAAAUACUAAAAACACUUCGUAAUAGGUAUAAAACGUAGAAAAAAAAGUACAAAACAAAACAAGACGCAGGUACUAUAGUUACACAUAAAUA